AUGUCCGCCACUGCCUCCCCGCACACCUCCCUCCUCCACCUCCCCCACCGCCCGUUCGGGCCCAGGCGACCGAGGCUGACGCGCCUCAGGUGCCUCGCGUCGCUCGCGCCGGCGUCGUCGGGCGCUUCGCCGGAGAACGAGGACCACCUCAUACAAACGCUCUGCGCCCACGGGCGCCUCGCCCGGGCCGCGGCGCUCUUGCAGGGGCUCCCCGCGCCAACGCAGCGCACCUACGAGUCGCUCCUGCUCGCGGCCGCGCGGGCGGGGGACACCGCGCUCGCCGCGGCCGUGCACCGCAGGCUCGAGGCGGACCCGGUGUUCUGCUCGGACCCCUUCCUGUCGACCCGCCUCAUCGACGCCUAUGCUGCGCUCAGCGCGCUCCCGGCCGCGCGCCAGGUGUUCGACGAGGCGCCUGUGAAGAACAUCUUCGUGUGGAACGCGAUGCUCAAGGCGCUUGCGCUCGCCGACCAUGGAGAGGAGGCUCUCGCGUGCCUUUCUGACAUGGGCCGGCUCGGUGUCCCCAUCGACAGCUACAGCUAUGCGCACGGUCUUAAGGCCUGCAUUGCAGCAUCAGCUUUGCACACGCCGGCCUCUGCCCGUGUACGGGAGAUGCACGCUCAUGCCAUCCGUCGCGGCUAUGGAUUACACACGCAUGUUGCCACCACUCUUAUUGACUGCUACGCGAAGCUUGGGAUGGUCAGCUUUGCUGAGCAUGUGUUCACUUCAAUGCCUGAUAGGAAUCUUGUGUCAUGGAGUGCCAUGAUUGGGUGCUAUGCCAAGAAUGAGCGUCCUGGUGAUGCGAUUCAGAUCUUUCAGGAGAUGAUGGCUUCUGAUGCAGACCUGGUACCAAACUCGAUCACAAUUGUUAGCGUCUUGCAUGCCUGUGCUGGGGUAAAUGCACUCGGUCAGGGCAAAGUACUGCAUGCAUAUAUCCUUCGGAGGGGUUUUGACUCACUUGUUUCAGUGCUGAAUGCGUUGAUGGCAAUGUACAUGAAAUGUGGUUGCCUUGAGAUCGGUCGCUACAUCUUCAAUUGGAUAGGGCGCAGAAGGAAUGUUGUGUCAUGGAAUUCACUUAUAUCAGGAUACGGAAUGCAUGGCUUUGGUCGUGAGUCAAUCCAGGUGUUUGAGGAGAUGAUUGAGGAAGGCAUUUCACCAAGUAUCAUCACAUUUAUCAGCGUCCUUGGGGCUUGUAGCCAUGCUGGACUUGUGGAGCAGGGAAAGAAGCUAUUUGAAUCAAUGGUGGAGUACAAUGUCACACCUCAUGCUGAGCACUAUGCUUGCAUGGUUGACCUUCUUGGUCGGGCUGGGCGCCUGGUUGAAGCUGUGGAGCUGAUACAGAGCAUGCGCAUUCAACCAAGCCCUCAAGUUUGGGGCUCACUUCUUGGAGCUUGCAGAAUUCAUGGCCAUGUUGAGUAUGCUGAGAUGGCAUGCUCCCAUCUCUUCGAUCUUGAGCCCCGAAAUGCUGGAAACUAUGUUCUCCUGGCAGAUAUUUAUGCCCGAGCUAAGUUGCAGAACCAAGUUGAUGUACUAAAGGAGUUACUUGAGGAGCAUGCACUAGAGAAGGUGCCAGGCUAUAGCUGGAUAGAGGUGAAGAAGAAGUUGUACUCAUUUGGUUCAGUUGACAACAAGAUCCCACAGUUGGAGGAGCUGCAAGCAUUGAUUGGUGAGUUUGUGACACAGAUGAAAAAUGAGGGAUAUGUCCCUGACACAAGAUCAGUUCUGUAUGAUAUUGAAGAAGAGGAGAAGGAGAGGAUUUUGCUUGGCCACAGUGAGAAGUUGGCUGUUGCUUUCGGGCUUAUCAACACUGGCAGUGGAGAGGUUAUCAGGAUCACAAAGAACCUCAGGCUUUGUGAGGACUGUCAUUCAGUCACCAAGUUCAUCUCCAAAUUCACAGAUCGGGAGAUUGUCGUGAGGGACGUGAAUCGAUUUCACCACUUCAGGGAUGGAGUUUGCUCAUGCAGGGAUUAUUGGUGA